AAAAAGAUUGCAGCACCACAAUUUCGCAUAUGGUCUCCCACUACACUACUCAGUGUGGCCCUAUGCAGCUUAACUAACGUUGAUCGGACGGGAAACAGUGCUUCCUGCAUGGUAUGGCCGCAACCGAAAGUAGCAACUGGUGCAAAAAUCAUUCCUAUGUUAAUGAAGUAUAUUGUUGUACCUGGCACCUCGAGGACGCUAUGA